UGGGAAGAGGCAGUUAGGUGCCCGAGGCGGCGGUGAGGCAUAUCAUAAUGGCCCCAGCCUCCGAGCGGCUGCAGUUCCGGUUUCCCGGAUACGGCGAUGGCGUUCUGCACCGCAUGGACCAGCUGCGGGAGCAGCGACGCUUCUGCGACGUGACGGUGCAGGUGAACGAGCUGCGGGUUCCUGGCCACCGCGUGGUCUUCGCGGCCUGCUCCCCUUUCCUGCGUGACCAGUUCCUGCUCAACGAUUCCCAAGAGGUGACGGUCUCCCUCUUCCAGAGCCCGGAGAUCGGGCGCCAGCUUCUGCUGUCCUGCUACACGGGGUGCCUGGACGUGCCCAUCAAGGAACUGGUCAACUACUUAACGGCGGCCUCCUUCCUGCAGAUGGGCCACGUGGUGGAACGCUGCGCCCAGGCCGUCUCCCACUACCUGGUCCCGAAGGCAGACGCCCUGCUGCAGGAGAAGCAGGAGGAGGAGAGCAGUGAGCAGCAAGACGGAGAGGAGGAGGAGGAAGAGGAGGAGGAAAGGGAGAAGCAGCCCUCUUCCACCCCGGGCAAAGCAGACUGUGAAGAAAGCAAAAUGGCGGCCGUGGAGUUCACCCCCCGCAGUUCCCACGGCCCCGCCUCUCCCGCCAUCUCCCUCUCCCUCAUCAACUCCGCCGUGGAGAUCACCCGCAGCUACCUGCAGGGUUGCUACGACGACGAGAUGGGCAGCAAAGGGCUCCCCUUCCCCUCCGCGACCCCCUCGCCCGCUUCUCAGUGGAGAAACUACCCCUUGCACCGCCACCGCCCGGCUAUGAACUACCGGGAGUGGAGGACGGGCAGCGGGGUGGCCUCGUGGAAGGUCCCGAGCUUGGAGCGGCCGUACCGCUGCCCCCGUUGCAGCCGGGUGUUCCAGCAGCUGGGCCACCUGGUCAGCCACGUGCAAGAGCACAAGCUCUUCCUGUGCCUGCGCUGCGGCAAAGUCUUCUCGCAGAAGAGCAACCUGACCCGCCACAUCCGGGUCCACACGGGCUUCAAGCCCUUCCAGUGCCCCAUCUGCCGCAAGUGCUUCACCCAGAACGCCACCCUGCAGGACCACCUUAACCUCCACAGCGGCAUCAAGCCCCACAAGUGCAACUACUGCGAGAUGCACUUCACGCACAAGCCGGGCCUGCGGCGCCACCUGAAGGAGCUGCACGGGAAGAGCACCGUCCAGAACAGCCACGAGGAGAUCGAGGAGGUCACCAUCGACUUCGACGUGCGGGGAGGACACGCGGAGGGCGGCUACAGCCUGAACGGCAGGUUCUUCUGCGAGCCGAAGGGGGGUCUUCCGGCCCCGGCGUCCUCUCUAUGAGAAACGGCAAGACCGACCCUCUUAGGAGAUGUGUAGUAGUAGUUGUCGGGGAGCGAGCCGCCAGCCCGACUGUUUGUCAAGUAGUAAGGCAAAUGACCUGGAGUAGUGAGAUGUCAGAAAUAUGGAUGGAGCUGUGUGUUCUCUGUAGAAAUCGCCCGGCUACUGGAUGCUGCCAGCUGGCGGCUGCCUUGGCCGUUGUCCGGACGUUGUUUGCUUUUCCCCGAGCUGCUCCACCUUUUGAGGUGAGAGGAAGCAACUCGCCAGGGACUCUGGGGUGCCUCCGCGCCCCCCAUCUCGGAAGGGCAGCCCCCGCGGAGCCACGCUGCUCCUCUUCUACGCCUCCCGCUCCGAACGGCGGACUUUGGUGAAGGAGAACUUUGCGGUGGGCGGGCGGCCACAGAGCCUCCUCGUGGAUUUUCCUACCUCAAGCACUUGAAGGUCUCACGUCAGUCUUAACUUC